CAGGGGAGGGAGUUGACAGGCUGACAGAGGAAACUCCCCUGAAACCUGUUUCUCAGCUUCCCGGCCCAGCUGGGACACCCACUGGAAGGAGAGGCCAGGCGGAAGACCCUGGCCCCAUCAUGGCCUCUGCCCUGAGGCCACCCCGUGUCCCCAAGCCUAAGGGUGUCCUGCCUUCACACUACUAUGAGAGCUUUCUAGAGAAGAAGGGGCCCUGUGACCGGGACUACAAGAAGUUCUGGGCAGGCCUCCAGGGUCUCACCAUUUAUUUCUACAAUAGCAAUCGGGACUUCCAGCACGUGGAGAAGCUCAACCUGGGAGCAUUUGAGAAACUCAAAGAUGAGAUUCCCCGGGGAAGCUCACAUGACCCUGGCACCCACUUCAGCCUGAUCCUCCGGAAUCAGGAGAUCAAGUUCAAGGUAGAGACCUUGGAGUGUCGGGAAAUGUGGAAAGGCUUCAUCUUAACGGUGGUGGAGCUCCGUGUCCCGACCGACUUGACCCUGCUUCCUGGGCACCUAUACAUGAUGUCUGAAGUCUUGGCCAAAGAGGAGGCGCGCCGUGCACUGGAGACACCCUCGUGCUUCCUGAAGGUGAGCCGGCUGGAGGCACAACUGCUCCUGGAGCGCUACCCCGAGUGCGGGAACCUGCUGCUGCGGCCCAGCGGGGACGGCGCUGACGGCGUGUCGGUCACCACGCGGCAGAUGCACAAUGGGACGCACGUGGUCCGGCAUUACAAGGUGAAGCGGGAGGGCCCCAAGUACGUGAUCGAUGUGGAAGAGCCGUUCUCUUGCACCUCCCUGGACGCCGUGGUCAACUAUUUCGUGUCGCACACCAAAAAGGCGCUGGUGCCAUUCCUGUUAGACGAGGACUACGAGAAGGUGCUAGGCUACGUGGAAGCCGAUAAGGAGAAUGGCGAGAAUGUGUGGGUGGCGCCCUCCGCCCCGGGCCCAGGUCCUGCACCCUGCACAGGUGGCCCCAAGCCGCUGUCACCUGCGUCUGUGCCUGUGUCCAGCCAGGACAAGCUGCCCAUGUUACCCCCACUGCCCCCACUACCGAACCAGGAAGAGAACUACGUGACCCCCAUUGGAGAUGCCCCAGCUGUUGACUAUGAGAACCAAGACGUGGCUUCCUCUAGUCGGCCAGUCAUCCUGAAGCCAAAGAAGUUGCCAAAGCCUCCUGCCAAGCUUCCAAAGCCACCCGUUGGACCCAAGCCAGAGCCCAAAGUCUUUAAUGGUGGCUUGGCCAGGAAGCUGCCAGUCAGUUCAGCCCAGCCUCUCUUCCCCACAGCCGGGCUGGCAGACAUGACGGCAGAGCUACAGAAGAAGCUGGAGAAGAGGCGGGCACUGGAGCACUGAUUCGGACACACCAGGGACCAGCGGGCCAGUCCCAGGGCAUGGCCCAGCGGUCAGAUUCUUUUUCCCAGGAUUAAAACUCUGACCCCAGGA